AUGAAAUUCUCACUUGUGGCUCUGGCCACUCUCCCGUUUUAUGCUGUCGCAGCGCCCCAUUGCCCGGGACAACCCAAUGGUCCGCCCAGGGUCGCGGAAGUAAGGGUCGAUAUACCUGGCGCCACUGGCGGCACAGUCAUUGGAGUCGUCACCGAAGUCGAGAGCUUCAACGGCAUCCCCUAUGCUGACUGCCCGUCCGGUGCCCUUCGACUUCGACCGCCGAGGAAGCUCUCGCGCGCGCUCGGCGUCUUCAACGCCACGGCCGCCGCGCCGGCCUGUCCCCAGAUGCCGCCCAACACCACCGAAGUGCUGCUGCCGCCGCUUCUCGGCAAGGACAUGACGCCCGAGUUCUGGCCAGACGACCUCAUCCGGGGCCAGGAAGACUGCCUCACCGUCAACGUGCAGCGGCCCAAGGGCACCCGUGAGGGCGCCCGCCUGCCCGUGCUCUUCUACAUCUUUGGAGGCGGCUUCACGGCCGGCGCCACCAGCGCCAACAAUGCCGAAAAGUUCUUGCGGUUCGCCGAGGCGCAGCAGAAGCCGCACCCGUUCAUCUUUGUCGGCGUCAACUACCGCGUCGGCGGGUUCGGGUUCCUCGCCGGCAGCGAGGUUCUCGAGGACGGCAGCACCAACCUCGGGCUCCGCGACCAGCGGAUGGGCCUCGAGUGGGUGGCGGACAACAUUGCCUACUUUGGCGGCGACCCGGACAGAGUGACCAUCUGGGGCCAGUCGUCCGGCUCCAUCUCCGUGUUUGACCAGCUCGCGCUCUACAACGGCAACGCAACCUACAAGCAAAAGCCGCUUUUCCGGAGCGCCAUCAUGAACUCGGGCAGCGUGAUUCCCACGGAGCGGGUCGACUCGCAUCGGGCGCAGGCCAUUUUCGAUGCCGUCGUCGAAGCGGCCAACUGCAGCGAGCCGGCGACCUCCAAGCUGGACUGUCUUCGAAAUGCCUCCUUUCCGACCUUCUAUCGCGCGGCAAACUCGGUCCCGCGCAUCUUGGACAACUCGUCUCUCGCCAUCUCCUACCUGCCGCGGCCCGACGGGGAGCUGCUGGUGGACAGUCCCGAGGUCCUUGCCAACACGGGCAACUACUAUGCCGUUCCCGCCAUCCUCACCAAUCAGGAGGACGAAGGAACCCUGUUUGCCUUCGCCCAGAGGCACGUCAACGACACCGACAGCCUCGUCGACUAUCUGAAAGAGACGUUUUUCGACAAGGCGACAAGGGAGCAGGUCGCCGGCCUCGUGGAUACAUACCCAGCCGAUUCGGCCGAUGGAAGCCCCUUCCGGACUGGUGAUCAGAACGAGUGGUACGAGGAAGCGUACGGUGCCGGCAAAGGCUUCAAGAGGGUCGCGGCUGUGAUAGGCGACUUUGUCUUCACGCUGGCUCGUCGCCUGGCGCUUGAUGGCAUGGCCACUUCGCAUCCGACGGUGCCUCUUUGGUCCUCUCUGAACUCCAUGGCCCACGGGAUUGUGGGCUUCUACGGUACGGGACACGGUGCAGAUGUCAACAUGAUUUUUGAUGGCCUUGGCAUACCUGCGCUGACUACCAGGUCGUACUAUCUGAAUUUCCUAUAUACUGCCGACCCGAAUAAUGGUACCACGGAAUUUAGACAGUGGCCAAAGUGGACGCCACAGGGUAGGGAUUUGCUGUGGACUAACCUUUUGGCGAAUAGAGACUUGAAGGAUACUUUCAGGAAUGAUAGCUAUACAUUCUUGAAGGAGAAUACGGAGUUACUCUACUUCUAG